AUGCCAGACCCGCAAUGGCUGGGGCUGGGGCUGGGAUUCGCCCUGGGCGUCAUCGUCAGGCGACACUGGUUCCGGGAAUCCUCUCGAGGGGGGAAUCCACUCAUCCAUCGGGACGGGUGCCUCGUGCAUCUCCUGGACGCCUUGGAUCGCCUUCGGGGCGCUCGAGCGGGUGUCCGAGAGGGCACCCUCCAGAAGAUGCGAGAGGAGGCUUGCGAACGACAACGACUACGAGCCAAGCUAGACCGAGUGAAAUGGCUGGAAAUCCAGCUGGUAAAGCUAAAGCGAGCCGGACGUAGACACGAGGAGAGUCCGUCCGUCUGCGUGAAGCAAUUGAGGUCCCGCCUGGCGGAGGCGAGGGACGCCUUCCGUCUCCUCUCGGCAGCCUUAAGAGACUCCACCGUCUUCCCCGACUUCCCCUAUCACUACUUGGAGGAGCUGAUGCAGAUGGAGGAGGACUGCCUGGCCGAGUACGAGCAAUCGAUGAACGAGGAACAGCCACGGGGCGAGAAGGGGCGAUGACGAGAACCAGGCUACCGAUACCUUUUGUCAUGCUUCUCUCGAAAAGGCACAGUCG